AUGCACAAUGAAGCUACAACGUGUAGUCUCGACUUUAGCCCGUACCAAAAACUGCACAAACAAAUAUUACCACAGCCAUCGGAUAGACCUCUAUCGUGGUGCCAAUUUACCAGUUUUAUGUGUAGGCCAUAAUAACACAUUUCAUGAUGCGACACCGACAGUCGUCCUGGUGAGAAAUUUUAAUGCUCCCAGCGUCAGACUUUGCGAGAAAGAAGGAGUCACAAAACCAUCGUCGAAAGUUGAAGUCACCGUCCAGAAGUUAAAGGAUGAUCAGAAACUGAAGAGUCAGCAGGAGAGUGCGGAGAAUGUUUCCACGGUUACGGCUCUCAAACCUGCAGAUAGUGCCGAGAUAACAGUUGUGAAGAAAACGCUGAAACAGAAAAUAAUACAUGAACUUCUACAUUACUACCAUGGUUUUCGGCUUCUUUUCAUCGAUUUAAAUGUAUCCAGAAAAUUAAUUUGGCGAGUACUGAAUGGAAACCAAUUGACCAGGAGGGAACAUAGAUUGCUAGUGAGAACCACUGCUGAUCUUUUCAGACUUCUGCCAUUUUCUGUGUUCAUUAUUGUGCCUUUUAUGGAAUUACUGCUGCCAGUUGCCAUCAAACUAUUCCCAGGAAUGUUGCCAUCGACCUUCCAAACUGCCACAGAAAGAGAGGAUAAAUUGAAACAAAGUUUGAAGGUAAAACUAGAGAUGGCUAAAUUUCUGACGGAAACAUUGGACGACAUGACUCUACAACACAAAGAUCACAGAUCAGAAUUGGCUAAAGAGUUUUCAAUUUGGUUUACGAAAAUGAGACAGUCUGGUGCUCAAGCCAGUAACGAAGAAAUCAUGAAAUUUUCAAAAUUGUUUGAAGAUGAAAUCACUCUUGACUCGCUGGCGAGGCCGCAACUUGUUGCUUUAUGCAGGGUACUAGAAAUCAGUACUUUAGGAACAACAAAUUUCUUAAGGUUUCAACUGCGAAUGAAACUACGUUCAUUAGCUGCUGAUGAUAAAAUGAUUCAAAAAGAAGGCAUAGUUUCUAUGACUUAUUCGGAGGUGCAACAGGCCUGCAGAGCUCGUGGAAUGCGAGCUUAUGGUAUGCCAGAACAUAGGUUGAGGAGGCAAUUGGAAGACUGGAUUAAUUUAAGCUUGAAUGAAAAGGUUCCACCAUCAUUAUUGCUUUUGUCAAGGGCGCUGAUGUUGCCCGAGAAUGUUCCAGUGUCUGAUAAACUUAAAGCAACAAUAAAUGCUCUUCCUGAAACUAUUGUAACUCAGACAAAGGCUGCUAUUGGAGAAAGAGAAGGAAAGAUUGACAAUAAGACCAAAAUUGAGGUCAUCAAAGAGGAAGAACGCAAAAUUCGCGAAGAACGCCAAGAAGCACGUGAGGAAGAGGAGCAACGCAAGCAAGCCGAACUUGCUCUUAAUGCCAGUUCUGCAGCAGCUGAGGCCUCUUCUGCUCAGGAACUUCUGAUAGAUACAGCUCCUGUGAUAGAUGCAGAAAAGACACCAAAGGUGGCAACAUCACCUGUAGAAUCACCAUUGGCACCACCAGAAGUUCUGAUUAUGGGCGCUCCUAAGAUACCUGUUGCAACUGAAGUGGAUAAGAAUGCUGAUGAGGUGGAAUUCACCAAGAAAGAUCUUGAGGUUGUUGAAGAUGCAUUGGAUACACUAUCGAAAGACAAAAAUAAUUUGGUGAUUGAAAAGGAAGUUAUUAAAGACAUUAAGGAAGAAAUUGCUGAUUACCAAGAAGAUGUAGAAGAAUUGAAAGAAGCCAUAGUUGCUGCUGAGAAACCAAAGGAUGAGAUAAAAGAAACUAAAGGAGCUCAACGAUUGUUGAAGAAGGUUAACAAAAUGAUAACGAAAAUGGAUACUGUUGUACAAGAAAUUGAAAGUAAAGAAUCUGAGAAGAAAGCCAAAACAUUGCCACUUGAAGCUCCUAGGAGCGCUACUGAAACUCAAGAAUUAGAUGUAAGGAAAGAAAGAGGAGAGAUUUUAAUUGACGAAUUAAUGGACGCUAUUAAGAAAGUUAAAAAUGUGCCAGACGAAAAUCGCUUGAAAUUAAUUGAGAACAUUUUGGGCAGGAUCGAUACUGACAAAGAUAGGCAUAUCAAAGUUGAAGAUGUAUUGAAGGUUAUUGACAUUGUGGAAAAAGAAGAUGGUAUCAUGAGUACAAAACAAUUAGAUGAGUUGGUUCAGCUUUUGAAAAAGGAGGAAGUUAUUGAAUUGGAAGAAAAGAAAGAAAAGCAAGAGUCUCAACAGAAAAGUUUUGUACCACCAAGUGAAACUUUGCAUCUUGAAUCAUCACAGCAGAAGAGUACAGUUCCUAGCUCGGGACAUGAAGCUAAGGUGUCCGAAGAUGACUUAAAUGUUAAAAAUAAAAAUUUGGAAGAAUCGACCAAACUGAAUGUGGAGCAAUUGACGAAGAGCACAGAAGAGAGCAUUGCCAGUACCCAGACAUUACAAAGAAAAAACAAAGAAAAUAGUAAAAAUUUGUAAAUAAUAUAUUAUAUAUACAUAGAGUUUUAUAUUUGAUAUGAAGAUAAGCUAAAGAUUUUAUUAUACGUACUAGUACAAUUUGAGUAUUGUACAACAGCACAAGUGAUACUUAAAGUGAUUUUUUCUUAAUAUUAUUUGCUAAAGCAAAUAUGCAUAGUGCAAUAAUUUAUAUAUGCUCUUAA